AUGUUUUCAUUAAAUAAUGUCUUUUAUGUCCAAGCUGGACUUGGANCCCUAGCCAAUAUAUUUCUUCUUUUUUUCUACACUAUCAUAAUUCUAUGUCACAAACCUAAGCCCAUGGACUUGAUCUCCUGUCAAUUGACCUUUAUUCACAUAAUUAUGGUCAUCACUGGAUGGGAUAUUUUUACUACAGACAUGUUUGAUUUACUGAACAUUGAGAAUGACAUCAUAUGUAAGGCAACUGCUUACUUAAAGAGGGUGAUGAGAGGCCUCUCUAUCUGCAUCACCUGCCUCCUGAGUGUGUUCCAGGCUGUGACGAUCAGUCCCAAUUCCUCUUUGUUGGGAAAAUUUAAACAUAAACUUAAAAAAUACACGAUCUAUUCUUUCUUCUAUUUUUGGGCUUUCAAUUUGUCAUUCACCAUUAACAGGAUCUUCUUUUGUGGUGCUUAUACCAACGUGAGUGAGACCAACCAGUUGAAGAUCACUAAAUACUGCUCAAUCUUCCCCAUGAACCACAUCAUCAACGGAUUGGUUUCAACAAUCACAACCAUAAGAGAUGUAUUUCUUGUAGGAGUCAUGUUGACUACAAGCACAUAUAUGGUGAUUAUCUUGUCCAGACAUCAGAGGCAAUGCAAGCAUCUUCAUGGCAUCAGCCACCUGAGAGCCUCCCCUGAGAAAAGGGCCACCCAGACCAUCUUGCUUCUGGUGUUUUUCUAUGUGGUCAUGUACUGGAUGGACUUCAUAAUGUCAUCCAGUACAAUCCAUUUAUGGAUGUAUGAUCCAGUCAUGUUGACUGUUCAGACGUUUGUGUUGAAUGCCUAUCCCACAAUUACUCCUUUGAUACAAAUCAGUUCUGAUACUCGAAUAAUCACUAUGCUAAAAAAAUAUGCAAAUGUAUGCCACCAGAUUUUUAAAAAAGUGUAA